AUGAGCUAUGGUGGUAAAGACGCGCUCUCCGAUGUUGCCGAUGUUCAGAGAUUACUUUCACUACACUUUCAGAACUAUGAUAAAGCCAAGCUCAAUGUUCAGUUCAUUCAUGAAUAUGCUCAUAUUGACUACAUGAUGGGUGUGAAUGCCAAUGAUUUGGUGUACAAACAUGUUGUAUCAUUUUUCAAGCAGAAAUUUUGA